AGAAAAAAAAGCGCCAAGAUAGACUGUCUUCUUCGUUUUCCUCUCCAUUCCAAUCCCAAUUUUCACAACCUAACAAAAUCCCUAACCCUAGAAAUCGAAUCCUCUUAUUAAAGUUAUUAUACCCCCAAUUGCUGAUUGAUUUUUAUUCAAAAUCCCAUUCCAUAUAUCUCAACUGCAAAUCCGACCCAAGCAAGCAGCAUUCAAAUCUCUAUCACCAAACCACAUUUAUCAAAAUCUCAGUGGUGGAAGAGAUGAAUGGAAAGAAUAGUAAUGAAAUUGAAAUUGGGAAUUCAAAAUGCCAAGAGAAAGGAAGUACUCAACGUGUACAGGAAGGAGCUUCCCACGAUGAAUUAUGCUGCCAAUACUGGAAAGCAAUCCAUGUUCCUUGAAAGAUGUGUAACAAAUGGGUGUAGCUGGACAGUUGAUUAAUAUCUGCACACUGCUGAUGGUAAUAUUAAGUUAAAAAGUAUUAGUAGGUUAUCAAUCAUCAAUUUUUCUUCUUUUCUUUUCUCUGCAGGAAAUAUUGUACAUUGCUUUUGAAAUCCAACUCUUUGGGAGAUUUCGGAGAGGUAAUAGCCGCAAUUACUUAUCAAAUAGUCCCUGCUGAUACUCAACAUGCUGAGAUCCCUCUUGCUGCUGUUAGUUCAAUGUACCAACACAAGGGUUUGGGUUGCUUAUUGUAUGUGGAAUUGAGAAGGAGACUGCACAAUGUUGGUAUUCGCACAAUAUUCUGUUGGGGAGACAAGGAAUCUGAAGGAUUUUGGUUUAAACAGGGUUUUGUAUCAAUAGCAGAGGUUGACAAUAAGGGUAGAGCUCGUAGGCUGCCUAUUAAAGCUGAUAUACGGAAAGCAUUAUGCUUUCCUGGAGGUUCAACCCUCAUGGUUUCUCAUCUUAACAAGGAACUUGCAGAUAAUUCUGCAGGUUCUCUAAGAUUGUGUAUACCAUUAAAGCCUCAUGAGAAGUCUUCAUCAUCUGCUGUUAUUGGAGUUCAACAACUUGGAAUUUCUAGAGACGGUUGUCAUUCUCCAAUUAAACCAUACCGAAUGAUCUCUGGAGCUAAGAACAUUCCACCUGAAGUGUUGGUGAAUGAUGGCCUCUCACAAAAAGAUGACAAGUUAGAUGGAGCAGAUGGUAACAAGAUGGCUGUUGGUGAAGAAUUGUCCGAGAUUGGAGCUGAACCUAAUGCAAAACAUUGUUCUUGUUCUACGAAGGGUGCAAAGAGGAGGGUUUGGGAGGCCUCUUUAUCUUCAUUGAAGUCAAAGAAGAUAAAAGGAAGCCAUUCAAUUGACUGUCAAUUAGAUUCUUGUCCUAAAGCUUUAGAAAGUGAUGGAAAUCUUUCUUGCUUUCAUGGAUAUUCCUUGGACUCUUCGAGAAACAAAUCUUUGUUGGGAGUUACUCCAACAGCUUCUGUAAGACAAAGUAAGUGCUUGAAAAAAAGUGCUGAAGAACAUAAAUCUGUUAAUAUAUUUCCAGAAGGUCCAGCCAGUAAGGAACUUCAGUCAAAGGGAGAAUGCUUUAGAAUAAUGUUGAUGAAUAUUGCUGAUGAUGCUAAGAAAACUUGUCUCACCAAGGUAAUUGAAGACCUUGGUGGUGCUGUUAUCUCUAAUGGAAGCUUAUGCACGCAUGUUGUCACAGGAAAAUUGAGAAAAACACUGAAUUUUUGCACUGCUCUAUGUUCAGGAGCUUGGAUAGUCUCACCUAAUUGGUUGAAAGAAAGCUUCCGUGAGGGAAAAUUUGUGGAUGAAUCACCCUACAUAUUAAAUGAUGAUGAAUAUGCGUUGAAGUACAGAGCUGAGUUAAAAUGUGCAGUUCUAAGAGCAAAAUCCAGCCCCCAAGCUUUGCUCAAAGGGUAUUAUGUUUGCAUAGCUGCUCAUGUUCAACCCCCUGCUAAGACCCUAUCAGCCAUUGUUAGGUCUGCUGGUGGAGAGAUCAUUCGUGGACUGGAGAAGGUGAAUAAAUCAAGCAAAACAAUCUUUGUGGCAUGUGAAGAAGACAUGGAAGUAGCACUUUUGGCUGUAAAGAAAGGGAUAUGGACUUUCAGUAGUGAUUGGUUAAUGAACUGUGUCAUGAGACAAGAGUUUGACUUGGAGGCCCCCCAAUUUGCAGAGUCCCUAUAAGGAGACUAACACAUUGUGUAUAUCAAGUUCAAUUAAAUUUACAAUUCUAACUAUAAAAAGGAGAGAAAAUCAGAAGAUCUGUUAAUUAUUCAAAAUCUUAUUUAUUGUCUCAUGAAUAGAGAAAGGUAAAGUCAUUUUAUUGCAAAGCUCCUUGGAUGGCAUAAGGCCCUUUUUCUUUGUAAUGGAAGUGAAGGACUGUUGCUAGUAGAUAAAAAUGUGUUAUUUUGGAAGCAAAUCUGUGAAUUGCAUCAAGAAACUUGGCAUGCAUGGAAUUGCUUUGUAGCAAAUAUUGCUUUAACAAUAACAUUUCUCUAGGUAAUGAGGAAAAUUAUUUGGAGUUA